AUGCAGCAAGUCGCCAUGUCAGACGUCCGGGCCCUCUUGCGGCAGCAACGUGGUGCCCGUCGAAUUGACCAUCCAUUCGCUGCCUACUCUGAUGCUGGCAAGCUUCUCUGCACCCUUUGCCACGAAGCUGUCAAGGCCGAGUCGCUAUGGGAUGCCCAUUUACGCGGGAGCAGGCACACAGACAAGUCUCAGAAGCUGCGAGCCUCGCAAAAGACAAGAACGACAACGAUAGAAGAGCAGACGAAUGGCACGCACAAGCGAAAACACGAUGCAGACUUGGACGACGAGGAUGCUACGAUGGUCGAUGCGACAGCACGCAAGAAGCGCAGCAGGAACGACAUGAACACACGCGAUCGUUCGGGUUCGGAAAACAGCAGCGACAGCGCGGGCGAGACCUCGCGCGACCAAGAGAUACAGCCGACAAAGGACCAGACGUUGACGCCCCCAACACUGAACAGGAGGACGUCCACGACGCCCGUCCAAGGCGGCGAGAUGCUGAUCCCAUCACGGCCCGCGACGCCUCACCACCGCGACGGCACCUCUUCUACUGCGACACCCCUUGGUCCGUCGCCGCUCAUUCCUCAAGACCCCAUCGCGCCCUCCGGACAGCCUGACGACGCGGUAUCAACAGUGACCGCACAGCAAAAGGUGGACGAGGACGAGUGGGCUGCAUUCGAGGCUGACAUGGCGGCUGAGAGCAUGCCAUAUGCUGACGACGCCGUCAUCUCUGCGCCCGCCAUGACUGCAGAGGAGCAUGCCGCCAAUGCGAGAACCGAGGAAGAAGAGCGCGAAAAGAGGCGCCUGGCGGCUGAGAAGGACGUGGCUGAUGAGAAGGAAGAAGCGACGCGCGCGCUAGAGACGGAGUUUGAAGAGAUGGAAGAACUCGAGGCGAGAGUGCGGAAGCUGAAGGAACGACGCGAGGCACUGAGAAGUCAUGCUGAUGUGACCGACGCAGAAAAGGUGGAGCCACCAGCGCAAAAGGCAACAGUCACCAGUCCAACCGGGAAAGGCAAAGGCGAUGAUGAAGAAGACGGCGAAGAGGAAGGGGAAGACGACGACGACGACGAUGAAGACGAUUUUAUGGGGUUUCGAUUUGGAGGUUGA